AUAAUAUAUUAUCAUGGAACUCAGAAAACUAUGCAGCUUUAUUCAUUUUGUAUAAGACAGCACAAGAUUUUGAUUCUUUAGGUAUUAUAUAAGCAAAGUUAUUAUUUUGUGUUAUUAUUGUUAGUCUGCUAUGAUUAUAAACAUUUUAUUAGGAUUUACUAUUGAAGAAGAUCUGUUAUUUGAAAUGAAAUAUUUAUGUGGUCAUGCAUCCAAAGAUUCAAUUUUAAAAUUAUUUGAUAAUGGUUUAGUGUCCAUGAUAGGUGCACCAAUAAGGUACACUCUUACUCAAGAAGGUGUAAGCAUAGCAAAAAAAGUAUUUGAAAUUACCAACACAAAUAUAAAAUUAAUUAAUUCUUCUGACGCUUUAAAUAAAAUUGAAACAUGUUUGAAUGCAUUAUUUUCAUGUAAAUCUCCAAUAAAUCCAGACGAAAAGAGUUGUAACAAUAAAGAUACAAAUGCACAACUGCUUAAAGAGUGUCAAAAUAUUGGUAAUAAUUUAAUCGAAUCUUCGCAAAGUCAAAAGUGUCAACUGUCACAACCUACUGAAAAUAGAAAAAAUAAAGUGCAAUGUAGUCAGUAUUCUAUGCAAGAAAAGUUUGAUGAAGAUAAUCUUGUAGAAAAAUGUAGAAAAGCAAAGAAUGUUAAUAAAGAUGAAUCAAGUAAACAGAGUAGUAAAACUGAUACUACCGAUCAUUUACAAAAAAAGAUAUAUUUAGAAUGUAACAAAUUUGAUAUAAUAUUGUUAGUGGAUACACAGGAAACUUGUGGGUAUGUAUCAUUCUAUCUAUUAUUUGUAUUACUGAUAAUCUUUAAAAAAAGAGUACAUUUUAGUGGAAAAACGAAUCCUCAGCAUGAUGCUACAAUUGUAGAGUUAAGGCAAUUCGGAGUAUUAUUUGAAGUGCGUCAUUUAAAAGUUGGUGACUUUGCAUGGAUUGCUAGAUCUAGGGAAACAAAUAAUGAAUUGAUUCUGCCAUAUAUAGUAGAAAGAAAAAGAAUAGAUGAUUUAAGUGCUAGUAUUACAGAUGGGAGAUUUUAUGAACAGAAGUUUCGACUGAAGCAGUCUGGGAUUGAAAAUCUUAUGUAUAUAAUUGAGGAAUAUGAAAAAGGUCAAAGAUUACCAAUACCACAUUCAUCGCUGAUGCAAGCUUCUAUAAAUACUUUAAUACAAGAUGGAUUUUCAAUAAAAUAUACUAAGAAUCAUAAAGAUUCUAUGUUUUAUUUAUCAUUGUUAACUAGAAUUUUAAAUGACGUUUUCAGAGAAAAGAAUUUGAUGGGGUGCAAAAAAGAAAAUCUUGUUCAAACAGAUGUUUUAAACAAUACUGUUAAUCUAAUGGAAUUUGAAGAAUUUAAUAAAGCAGCGUCAAAGCAAAAAGUUUUUAAUGUGACUCAAAUGUUUGUUCGCCAACUAUUACAACUAAAAGGAAUGUCUAUAGAUAAAGCUUUGGCAAUUGUGGAACGUUAUCCUACACCAAAAGUAUUGGUUGAGGCUUUUCAACAAUCCAAUUGUAAUGGAGAAUUAUUGCUAUCCAAUAUUGAAUUUGGGAACAAAAAGCGUCUCAUAGGAUCAGUAAUUAGUAAAACAAUUUAUCAAUUAUAUAUAAACAAAAUUUUAAAUUGAUUAAUUACUAUUUUUAUACGUGCAUGUAAAGAAUAAAUAUUACCACAUU